ACCGGAAAUCAUAGUCUGUGAUUUCGCACCUCUUAUUACGUUCGUUACGUUGCCAUUAAAAUGUUUUACAGAGUUAUUUAAUUUCUUUUUCGAAAACUCUCUUUCAUAUAUUGUUCGCAGGGUUGUUCGUACCGCCGUUGAUGAUGAAUCUGUCACCCAACAAAGUGAAAAUUUUCACCAACUGACAGGAAGUAAAUACGUAUACAGAAAAAAUAACAAGAGAGAACUGUACAAUGUGGACAGAUAAACAAAGAGGAAUCAGGGUUUCUCAGGAAGAGCUGCUGUGCAAGAACAGCUGUGGAUAUUAUGGAAACCCUGCAUGGCAAGGGUUCUGCUCCAAAUGCUGGAGAGAGAGAACACGUCCAUCAGGAGAGCAAAGACAUAAUACAAGAUCAAGCAAAGAUGGAACUCCUGUCACCUUCUCUAAAUUUGAGGAGAAGAAAAAUAUGGAGAAAGGCCGCCGAAUAUACACAAUGAGGAGACUUUUCUGGGGUAGUCCUUCACCUCCAAAACGUGAAGAGUCUUCUGAAUGCCAAUCAAAUGCAUUAAAGGCCUACCAGAGUCUUGAGCCGGGUGACUUCACUGGCUUCCUAAAGCUACUUCGGAGUCCUCCUUCUCAGCGUUUACAAUCCCGCUGUACAGCAUUCCUCAAUACAAUGGAAGCUUACCAUCAUCUGCCAGUACAAAAGCAAUCUGACCACGUGCAGGAUUUCUAUCAAUCUUUUGCCGAAUAUUUUAGCGAUUUUCCCGAGGCUGUUGUCACUCAGAUCAUGGAGCAUGUAGAGAAGUUAAUUAUGACCCGGCUGCACAAGUGGGUUUUCUGCCAUGACAGUUGUGAUGAUGAACAGAAGGACCUGAGCCUCCAGAAAAGGAUCCGUUCUUUAAACUGGGUCACUCCACAGAUGCUCAGUGUACCUUUUCCUGACAAAAACACUGCAGUCACAGGCGACCCCUUUCUCCCUGCUAUAACAACUAUCAUUGAGAUGGAUGCCAAACGAGCACCUCAGGACAAACUGACAUGCGUGACCAAAUGCAGCCAGCAUGUCUUUGAGGCACUCUCAGCCUCGAGACAUGAACCAGCUAAUGCUGAUGACUUCUUGUCAGGACUGGUUUAUGUAGUGCUGAAGGCAAAUCCACCUCGCCUACACUCCAACAUGCAAUAUGUGAUUCGCUUUGGUCUCCCUCACAGUCUGAUGGCAGGAGAGAGUGGCUAUUAUUUCACAAAUUUGUCUUGUGCAGUUGCUUUCAUUGAAAAGCUGGAUGGACCAGCACUCAACCUCAGUCCAGAAGAGUUUGACAGCUAUAUGUUGCAUCAUCGAGCUCCACCUCAUGAGAGACAACAGACUACAAAUGACACACAACAGCUGUUAGAAGAACUUAAAGGGCGACAGGAAAAGCUGAACCAAGGAGUAGGUGCCCUCAACGUGCAAUUACAAAAGUGGGUGGAAGCAGUUCAUUCACAACUUGAUGAAGCUACAGCCCAGUUCUUUGAGGUACAGAAGGAGGUAUCGGCUCAAGCAAAGCUGUUGCAGUCGUUUUCAACCUCAUCUCUUGAAGCACAGGGAGAUGAUGUCAAAGACCAGAAGAUGCUGUUGCUUAUGGAUCAGAAUGCAGGUGCAAAAGAUACAGACUGCUAACU